AUGUCUUUUGACUUCUCCAUUCCGCCUACUGGUUCCCAGCCACGGUCACUCACAGCCUUUAAUUUCUCCCUUCCACCUGUGGGUUCCCAGGCUUCAAGUCCAAGCUCCCGGCGUACUAGAUCUCCAGAUUCUGGUUUACAUCAACCACAAAUUGACCCCCAGUUACGUGUGGAUGAAUUGUCUGCCCUCUUUGUGGAUGCCCUUGCAAACCAGUUCGGCUUUGGUGACAUGGAACAAGACUUGCGGGCAAACCUACAUGGUUUUGCCAAGCUCGGAUGUGGACUCAGCAAACCUGAUCUUGCAACACGAACAUAUCUCCUUGGCAGCGUUUUCUGCCUUCUCAAAGAACAACGCUUAAUAGCUGCAUCACAUGUUUCUACGCAACACCUUCUCGCUGACCUGCAAAUUCGUCUUGAAGCUACCUUUUCACUCAGUCCUGAGCAACGAAUGAACAUACGAAUCGUUGCGAGUGAUCUUAUCUUUGAUGCCACCAGGAUCACAUUUAUGUCGCUUCAUUUUGACGUGGCAAAAUGUUUGCACGAAGAUCGCGAAGCCUUCAAACUCACGAAUAUAUAUGGCAACCCAGCUAGAGAGCGAUACUUGAUGGGUUUUGUUAAACACCAGUGUUCGAGUGUUCGGAAUUCCUUUCGCGAGCUGAUUCGUGACAGUGUCAUCGCUCCAGUCGUUUUCGUCGCGCAGGUGGAAAUUCAGACCUUGGACAUGCAGCACGCGCCGCGUCGCUUUGCAUAUGAAAAUCCUGAUCUGCUUGAUCGUGCAGAGGAUGAAGAUGAGACUUCCAGCAUGGCACCUACAGUAGAAGACAGUGGUGGUAUCAGUGGCGCAGAUUCUUCCAUCAGCGAACCAACCAGGAAGAAGCGAAAACGCGGUCAUGCUGGGCGCACCGCUAAAGGCGAAGACUUCUGGUCCAAGGUCGAGAUGUGGUUUGAAGCCAGACAGAAACAGUGGGGAGAUUCGUGGGGGUCGCCAGGCUGGUCUGCGUACAUUGCAUAUACCAUCGAGUUAGAUGUGCAGCGUUAUCAGCGGCAGGUUGUUCAAAAUCCAUUCAUGGUUGAUGUAGCGGUUCCAGAGGCUUACAGAUCACGCACAAAUUCUCCCGCUGCCGCUAAUUCGAGCCAGAAUGCCUUAGGAAGUAUGGACGACAUUUUGAGGCUUGUUGUUUAG